AUGAUACAGGUCGGGAGCGGAUCCAGGAUUCGACCGACGGGGUGGCGAUUUCUAAACGAUGUCGGCCGAGAUUUUAAUGUUGUUAUGGAUUCGAUUAGAAAAUUGAAACCAAAUACCAAACAUUCAUUUGACAGAAUGCCAUCGCAUUUAGUCGAAAAGAAUCGUCAAACAUCUGAAGGUGAUUAUUGUUUAGACAAUAAAUAUGCGCGUUACACGUAUUUACCGCCGAUAAAAUUAAAUCCAAAUGAUAAAAUAGAGCCAUAUCGAUUACAAGUAACAUCGAAAACAAAUGAAAUACGAUAUUUACCAAAUUAUAUGGAUGAACCAUCAUCUAGUAGUGAUGAAGAAGAAGAAAAUGGUAAAACUCGUCCAUCGGCUGAACCGUUCACACUCGAUCAAUUUUUAAGUCGAAUGCAAUCAUCGCCAACAAAAACGCUACGACCAGUGAACUUAGAAAUACGGUACAAUAAUGAUGAUCAGGAAAGAAAUUUUUCAAAUAGACCACCAAAGGGAUUUUUAAAUCGUCCAUCGCAAAAAUCUACACCAUCAGAAACUCCUACACCUUCUGCAUGUAUUCAGCAUACAGUACAAAACAAUAGUCAUCAUACUCCAUCAGAAACAUCAAUACAUGAUGAUGAUCGACAACAAAAGUAA